CAAUUCUCAUCCUUCUCUUCCUUUCAUCCGAUAGCUUCGCAAGAAAAAGGUUUCGAUCAAUUCUCCGGAAUGGACAAGGUGUCUCAUGGGAUACUCCCCGCCUUCGACGGCGGCAAUGAGGCGGGCGGGUCUAAGAAGGUCAAGGGCACCGUGGUGCUGAUGAAGAAGAACGUCCUGGACUUCAACGACUUCAACGCGUCGGUCCUCGACCUCGUUUUUGAGCUGUUUGGACAGAAGGUCUCUCUGCAACUCGUGAGCGCCGUCCACGGCGAUCCUGAAAAAGGUUUGCGAGGGAAAUUGGGAAAGCCUGCGUAUCUGGAAGAUUGGAUCACUACCAGCACUCUUUUAAAGGCAGGGGACUCGGCAUUCAUGGUCACUUUCGAAUGGGAUGAGGAGGUGGGAGUUCCUGGGGCGAUCAUCGUGCAAAACAAGCAUCACAGACAGUUCUACCUCAAGACGGUCACACUCGAAGAUGUGCCUGGUGAGGGCCGGGUCCACUUCGUCUGCAACUCGUGGGUCUACCCUGCAGACCGGUACAAGAAGGAACGAGUCUUCUUCUCGAACAAGACGUAUCUUCCUGGCCAAACUCCAGCGCCUCUAGUGAAGUACCGAGAGGAAGAGUUAGUUAACUUGAGAGGCGACGGAACGGGAGAGCUUCAGGAGUGGGACAGGGUGUACGACUAUGCUUACUACAACGAUUUGGGCAAUCCAGAUAAGGACGCGAAGUAUGCCCGCCCUGUUCUAGGAGGAUCUGCUGAAUAUCCCUAUCCUCGCAGAGGAAGGACCGGUCGACCACCAACUAAGACAGAUCCGAAUACCGAGAGAAGGGUGCCCGCGCUCAUGAGCCUAGACAUAUAUGUUCCUAGGGACGAAUGGUUCGGCCACUUAAAGAUGUCCGACUUCCUCGCUUAUGCUCUAAAAGCCGUGGCUCAAUUAUUGAAGCGUAAGCUGGAGAGUGUAUGCGCCAAAACGCCCAAUGAAUUCGACUCCUUCGAGGACGUGCUCAAGCUUUACAAAGGCAGUAUCAAGCUUGCCAGCCCUUUGCUCGAGAGUCUGGAGGAGAGCAUUCCUCUGGAGAUGAUCAAGGAACCAUGCUGUGCAGAGAAUAAGACUGCCUGGAGGACCGUUGUCGAAUUCAGCAGAAAAAUGCUCGCUGGAGUCACCCCUGCCCUGAUUCGCCUUCUCAAGUACCCCAUGCCUCAAGUGAUCAAAGAGAAUAAGACUGCCUGGAGGACCGAUGUAGAAUUCGGUAGAGAGAUGCUCGCUGGAGUCAACCCUGUCUUGAUUCGCCGUCUCGAGGAAUUCCCUCCAGCAAGCAAGCUAGACCCUAAAAUAUAUGGCAACCAGAGCAGUACAAUAAGGGAAGAGCUCAUUCAGAAGCAACUGAAUGGAUUAACUGUCAAACAGGUUAUCAAGAAGAACAAAUUGUUCAUAUUGGAUCACCAUGAUGCCAUCAUGCCGUAUUUGAGGCGGAUAAACACAACCACCACCAAAACGUAUGCUACUCGAACACUCCUCUUCUUGAAGGAUGAUGGUACCCUGAAGCCGCUGGCAAUAGAGCUUAGCUUGCCACAUCCUGAGGGAGACGAGUUUGGCGCAAUAAGCAAGGUGUACAUGCCGGCUGAUCAAGGCGUCGAAGGUUCCAUCUGGCAGCUGGCUAAAGCUUAUGCUGCAGUUAACGAUUCAGGCUAUCAUCAACUCAUCAGCCAUUGGUUGAAUACUCAUGCGGCGAUUGAACCAUUUGUGAUUGCAACAAAUAGACAACUAAGCGCGCUUCACCCAAUCUACAAGCUUUUGCAUCCACAUUUCCGCGACACGAUGACCAUAAACGCAUUUGCCAGGCAGAUUUUGAUCAAUGCGGGUGGAAUCCUGGAGGCGACUGUUUUCCCAGCAAAGUAUGCCAUGGAAAUGUCUUCCGCCAUCUACAAGAACUGGAUUUUCCCCGAGCAAGCACUUCCGGCUGACCUCAUCAAGCGGGGAGUCGCUGUAGAAGAUGCAAACUCCCCGCAUGGCCUCCGCCUAUUGAUCGAGGACUACCCCUACGCGGUAGAUGGGCUCGAGAUCUGGUCUGCGAUCAAGACGUGGGUUGAGGACUACUGCUCCUUUUAUUACAAGAGCGACGAGACGGUUCAGAAGGACGAGGAACUCCAAUCCUGGUGGAAGGAACUCGUGGAGGAGGGGCACGGCGACAAGAAGGACGAGCCCUGGUGGCCUAAAAUGCAGACUGUGAAGGACCUAACAGAGACAUGUACGAUCACCAUCUGGAUCGCGUCUGCUCUCCAUGCGGCUGUGAACUUCGGGCAAUACCCUUAUGCAGGGUACCUCCCGAACAGGCCCACCCUCAGCCGUCGCUAUAUGCCCGAGGAGGGUACUCCCGAAUUCGAAGAGCUCAAGCAAAAUCCUGACAAGACUUUCCUGAAAACUAUAACAGCCCAGCUUCAGACACUUCUAGGAAUUUCAAUCAUAGAGAUCCUGUCGAUGCAUUCGACUGACGAGGUGUAUCUUGGGCAGAGAGACACUCACGAGUGGACAGCGGACGCUGAGCCGUUGGAGGCGUUUGAGAGGUUUCAGAAGAAGCUGGGAGAAGUCGAGGAAAGGAUUAUGAGGAUGAAUGGGGACAAGAGGUGGAGGAACCGGGUCGGGCCGGUCGAGAUUCCUUAUAUGCUGCUUUACCCGACCAGCGAAGGCGGAGUGACCGCCAAGGGAAUUCCCAACAGUGUCUCGAUCUAAACUUUCGCAUGCAUACAUGUUUCUUUUCUUGUUUGUUCGUUGUUUACUUUUCUUUUGUUAUGGCAUGAAAGCUAUUGUAAGUGCGAAAUAUGAAAAACCACAAAACAAAUAGAGCAUAAUAAGCGUUUGUCAAGUUUUGGGAUUCAGUCUGCUAAUUGCUACAAGCUAG